AGAGGUCUCCCUGGUCCACCAGGCCCUCCAGGUCCGCCAGGGCCACCAGGAGUUCCUGGUAUUGAUGGCAUUGAUGGGGAAAGAGGUCCGAAUGGCCCUCCCGGUCCACCGGGUCCAGAUGGAGAUGCUGGCAAACCAGGAUCCCCUGGCUUGCCUGGAGAGCCAGGAGCUGAUGGAUUCACAGGACCUGAUGGCUCACGUGGAGCCACAGGACCAAAAGGACAGAAGGGUGAGCCGGGACUGCCAGGUGCUCGUGGACUUCCGGGCAAGGGGCUUCUUGGACCACCUGGUCCAGCUGGUGCAGCAGGACUUCCUGGGGAAGUAGGUCGUGCUGGUCCACCUGGAGACCCAGGAAAAAGAGGACCACCAGGGCCACCAGGGCCACCAGGUCCUCGGGGAACAAUUGGCCUGCAAGAUGGUGACCCAUUGUGCCCCAAUGCUUGUCCACCUGGCCGCCCAGGACAUGCUGGCUUAAUGGGAAUGAAGGGACAGAAAGGUUCAAAAGGAGAGUCUGGUGAACCGGGAAAACAAGGUUAUAAGGGUGAAGAAGGGGACCAAGGACCCAGUGGUGAAGUGGGAGCUCAAGGCCCUCCAGGCAUCAUAGGUAUCAGAGGUAUAACUGGUAUAAUGGGACCUAAAGGUACCAAAGGAGCCCGGGGGCUUGAUGGUGAACCUGGUCCCCAAGGCCUUCCUGGUGCACCUGGAGAUCAAGGACAGAGAGGUCCACUGGGAGAGACAGGUCCAAAGGGAGAAAGGGGGCCUCAAGGUACAAGAGGAAUUAAUGGUCUCCCUGGGCCUAAAGGAGAGCCUGGCUUACCAGGAGUCGAUGGCCGGGAAGGGAUCCCUGGAAUGCCUGGAGCAAAAGGAGAACCAGGAAAACCCGGAGCUCCAGGUGAUGCAGGGCUUCAGGGGCUGCCAGGUUUACCAGGCUCUCCAGGUGUAAAAAAAAAAUUCCUGGCCCAAAGGGUAAUAGAGGUCCCCCUGGGGUGCCAGGUUUGAUGGGAAAUUCUGGUAAACAGGGUCAGCAGGGUCCAGAGGGAGAAGCAGGUCCAACAGGACCACGAGGACCACCAGGUAGCAGAGGGGAGCCAGGUCCUGCGGGCCCUCCAGGUUUACCAGGGAAAUGGGGUCCCCAGGGUGAUAUUGGACUUCCUGGACUGCCAGGUCCUCCAGGCCUACCUGGUGGUAAGGGUGACCGGGGUUCAGUGGGUGAACCAGGACCUAAGGGUGAACAGGGUGUCCCUGGAGCAGAAGGAGAUGGAGGAGAAAAGGGUGACUUAGGCGAUAUGGGAUUACCAGGAGCAAAGGGAGCUGUGGGUAAUCCUGGAGAACCUGGUUCCCGUGGGCCUGAGGGAAGUCGAGGACUGCCUGGCAUGGAAGGGCCACGAGGCUCACCUGGACCGCGAGGUUUGCAGGGGGAACAGGGUGCCCCAGGUCUGCCGGGCAGCCAAGGCCCAGCUGGAAAAGAACCAACGGAUCAGCACAUUAAGCAGGUCUGCAUGAGAGUCAUGCAAGAACAACUAGCUCAGCUGGCAGCCAGUCUUAAGAGGCCAGAAUUUGGUGCUCCAGGUCUUCCUGGCCGACCGGGGCCACCAGGUGCUCCAGGGUCUGCUGGCGAAAACGGCUUCCCAGGACAGCUCGGUCCCCGUGGCCUGCCUGGCCUUAAAGGUCCCCCUGGUGAGAUUGGUCGUAAAGGUCCUAAAGGUGAACCAGGAGAAAGAGGAGAAAGAGGAUUUCCAGGCAGAGGAGUGAAAGGUUACCCUGGACCAAGAGGUCUUCCAGGUGAACCAGGCAAACCCAGCUAUGGCAGAGAAGGCCGCGAUGGUGACCGAGGUC